AUGUCGGCGCUAACGCCCAUGCUCCCCUUCUGGGGCAGCCUUCCCGAGACCGGCUGCGGCGGUGGCCCCUUCGAGCAUCCGCUGCUCUAUGGAGAAGAUCUAUGGGAGACCGAGGCUUACAGCGACUUCAAAGUCCGCCUCAGCACCGGCCAAGAGAUCGGCUGCCACCGCAGCGUCGUCUGCGCCCAGUGCCCUUUCUUCCGCCAGGCGCUGAUCCCCGGCCGCUUCAAGGAGGGCUACACCCAAAUCGUCUCCAUGCCGCACGACCCGCCCCACGCCGUCAAAGCCCUCCUCGAAUACAUGUACCGAGGCGGCUACUCCGUCAACGAGACCACCCUCGACGCUCCCCACAUCCUCCUCCAACACCUCGACGUCCUCACCAUCGCAUCCAUCUACGACGUCCCCAAACUCGGCGAGCUCGCGCAGCUCUGGCUCGCGCGCACCAUCAAGCACCACUUCCUCACCAGCGCCCUGCCCGUCCUCCCGGAGCUGCUGCUGUCGACGACGACCGUCCUGCCGCCGAUGAAGAAGGACGCGGCGGCGCGCCGCUUCGCGUACACGCUGCGCUGGCACCUGGGCGCGCACAUGCGCGUGCUGGUGGCCGACGACGACGUGUGGACGGGGAUGUGGCGGCACGCGCGCGACUUCAUGCGGGGACGCACGUGCUUCAUGGUGUGCUGCUGGCGCGAGCGGCGCGGCGACCUGGAGUUGGCCGAGGCGUGGUUGACGCGGUUUCUGGGCGCGGAGACGGCGGCCAAGGCGUUGCGCGUUGUGAAGUGCCCGAAGGAGAGGUGUGGGGUGGAGAAUGGGCUGGUGUUUACGGAGAGGUUGCCCGGGAAGAAUCGCUGCUACCGGUGUGGGUGGACGAGCGAGUUGGUUGGUGGCUGGAUUCUGGAGGAGGAUAGGGGCGUGUUGAGCCCCGAGAUGGCGGCCUGGCUCCAGGGCCCGGAGUUUUGA